UGUUUCCUGUUGGAUUCUAUGUAGGAAAAAUGAAAACACAUAUCAUAAAAUGGAUUUGUUGUUUUCUGUUAAACGAUAAAUAUUUGACGUUAACAGACACAGUCAAUGAGGCAAAGGGUUGUCCUGUAAAUUACUUUUUCGACGUGGACAAGAAAAAUUGUACAGAGUGUCCUCCAGGGAGCUUUGGCCAAAAUUGUAGCGCCCCGUGUCCACCUAAAUCGUAUGGUCGACUGUGUGCAGAGGAUUGUAGUGAAUGCCCCCAAGAUGAGUGCGAUAAGGUCACAGGAUGUCAAGGGACAUCUACAAAACCUGAAUUUUACCGAUCGUCUACAACAAUAUCAUCAGCAGUAACAUCAGUGUUUGAGAUAUCAUCAUCAAUACUACCAACAUCCUUGUCGACAGACAGAUUAACCACAAUUUUAAAGAGUAAACCAUCACAACCAUCAACUGUAGAAACAAAGGACGAGCCUAGCAUUUUAACUAUAAUUCUGAUAGUGGUGGGUUUUGCUGCUCUUAUCAUAAUAAUAUUGAUUGCUAUUCUUUUUAUUGUUGUGAGACGACUAUGGGUUCUACAUACCAAAAGAACAUAUCAUAGAACCGAAAAUGAAUCAAAACACUUAAAGGAAGGAAACGAAUCGGGGGAAUAUCAGGAAAUUGAAAUAGAUAGAAAUCUGGUUAUCCAAAGCGAAGUAUCAGGACACCGCUAUAACACAAUAAUGCAGGAAAUGGAUCAACCUAUUGGUACCAAGUAUGAAGAGCCUCGAUCCAAAAUAAAUCAGGAAAUGAAAACACUGUAUUCUCAUUACAGGGAAAUAGACGAAGAAAACUCUUCCUCGACAGGGAAUAAUGGUGGAUAUAUAGAGCCAGAAUCAAGUGGGCAAAUACAUGCCUAUCUUGAAGUUAUAGAACCUAUAGUACAUAGUUCUGAUUCAGCUUAUAGCUACAAUGAUGGCGUUAGCUUAAAAUGUCAUAGGUCCGACCAAAAUUCUGAUCAUAUCGAAGAAAACGAUGAUAACUAUUUGAGUGCAUCCAAUGCUAUUGAAAUACAUGAAGCAAAAGACAAUGAUUAUUUAGACGUUGUCCACAAUAAGUGACUAGUAGUAAUACGAAUAUGCUAUAUAACAAGCAAAAAUGCAUAUUGUUAAAAGUUUUUUCUCUCUACUAGAAGUAAUGAUAGUAUAGCCCUCAGGGCUUAACGGCUUUCUGCGAUGGAUGAAACGGCUUAUUUCCAUAUACAUUAAAAGAUUAUGUAAUAGGUAUCUCUCGAUAUCCUCAUAUAAAUUAAAAGCAUAUAUAAUAUGGGUAUCUCUCGAUAUCCUCAUAUAACUAUUUUUUAAAGUUUUCAAAUAUCACAUAAUACAAAUAGUAAUAAUAUUCUUUUUAUUUA